AUGUUGUCAGCAAUAGUUUAUAAACAAAAAUCGAGCAAUCGGGUGAAACCACUAAAGAAAUCGUCGCCUAAUUCGUCCAGCGAGCAGAUUACCGUUAAUGUAUUAGAAACGCGACUAUAUCGUUCAGUUCAUGUUCUUUUAAUACUCUCCGAGCUAUUUGUAUGCCUGCCUUAUGGCGCUCAUCGACGCCUACCAACAACGACCAGCAGCUGCAGUGAUAAAAUUUUAAUGUUACUCCACAUCACCUGGAGCAUUGGUAUUUACGUCAGUCUCGUCUUCACCAUCUACGGCGAGUACACGCAAUCCGACAAGGACUUGCCCACCGUACAAAAACCGUUGUUCUUUUGCGAGUAUUUAGUCUAUCUGGUGCACUUAUUUCAAAUAUUACUCUCUACCUACUGGGCGCGCCAAAAAUGUCGACGUUUCUUGCACACAAUCGCAGAAUUCGAUUAUAAACUUAUAUCAUUCGGAAGACCACCAGAAUAUCAACAACUGAAUCGCUUUAUAAGAGCUCAUCUGUAUCUGAUACUGUUAUAUGUGGUCGCUACCGCUGUCGUUGACUACUUCUACACCGCUGGCAUUAUGACGCACUUCAUUCGCAGCCUAGCCGUUUAUCUGUUGCCAAAUCUGGUGUUAUGCUUCUCGCUGGUACAGUACUACACCCUGCUAUAUGCCAUGGCUCAACGUAUAAUUUGGCUGAAUGAAAUCCUGCACGCGGAGCUUUCGCUAAAAACGUCUGCCAGAGUUUUGCGCGAAAAACUACAAGACAUUCGAUUAAGCUACUCGACACUUCAGAUAUUCACAAAGGAAGUAAAUAAUUCUUUUGCCCUCUCACUGGUGCUGGUUUACAUUGGAUCCUUCACAAACUUGUCGGUUAAUCUUUUCCUGUUGUACAAAUACUUGGACGAUGCGUCUAACUCCACAUUUUCAUGGAUUAUGUACUCGUUGGUUUGGACAAGCAUGCAUAUUGGCAAAAUGUUCUGCAUACUUUAUUUUAAUUAUGGUGUACAGAGUCAGAAAAACAGUACAGCAUUAAUAAUGAAUGAAAUAGAAGGACAGAACUCGGAAAUGGAAGAAACGAUAACACACUUCAUAUUGCAAUUGAUUAUAAAUACGAGAACUAAUGUUGUUUGUGGCGUGGUAGAAUUAAAUAUGAACUUUAUCACAUCACUACUUGUCGGCACCUCCACCAUAUUCAUAUUCCUACUACAGUACGACAUCACCUAUGAGGCGCUCACACAAACUCACAAAUCAGGUAGCCGCAGUCAAAUGGACUAAACGUCGCUUCAGUUAUAUGUACAUACAUAUGUACAUUACA